UCAUUUCUCAAGAUCGCGGAGAAUCCAAAGGUGUCGAAGAAGAGAAAGAGAGGAAGAAAAGAUGUCGAAGAAGAAGGCUUCCUUGACCAUGACGCUUAAGGACUUUCAUGGCGGCUCCAUCCCUUCCCAACUCGCCCUCCCCUCAGCACCUGGCAGCGGCAUCAACAACGCCUCCGCUAGGCCGACCGAUCGACCUGGCGCUUGGGGCAUUGGUGUACCACCCGGCGCCGGCAGGUCCGACCUUCAAAACCACCACUUUCUCCGCCCCCGUCCCGGAUCCGCAGGUGCGGCUUCAGCCCCUGCUCGCGCCCGCGAGGAACGACCCGCUGAGUUCCUCUCACAUCCGCCCCACAUCGGCAGGCAUUUUGAUGAGGAUGAGCGCGAGCCCUUCGACGUUUCCUCCGUCCCCCGCCGCGCCGCCGCCCCUGACGAUGUUCUCCGGCCCUUUGCCCCUCCCAGAUCCGAGCCCAAGCGCCCCAUCUCGAGUCCGAUAGUUCCCUCACCUGUCAUCGCUCCUGUGCCUAACCCUGGCCAUGUUUCCCCCUCUCCUCGUCCCUCCAACAACGGCGGCCCUGCUUGGGGUCCGAGGAAGGAAGUCGGAAGUGAGCCGCCGCCUUCUUUGCCGACCCAGCCUGUAUGUUCGGCAUCGAGGCUCGCACAGGCGAGCGCAGUUGAGAAGGUGUCAUCGGGCAGAUGGAACUUAAGGCAUCCAGAGGCAGAGACUGUCAGCCCCCAUGAAAGGGAAGACAUGGAAAGGCAGUUUGUUGAGACAGUUGGAAUUGUAGACGGCAUCUAUCGGGAUCUAGAAAGGGAGAAUCCAAAAUCAGUUUCGUCGCAGGUGGUCUAUGCAGACGUCAAGGAGAGGGCUUUACCAGUCUCUUAUCCAGUUAGGGUACAAGAUCAGCAUCGGGCAAGAUCUCCAAUGUACCCUGAGGUGAACGAGAAACAAACUAUUGGUUACUUGUUUGAGGGUGUUCGGCCAACUUCCUGUGAUGGUGCGUUCAGUGGGUCAAAAGUACACAAGCAAGGUGCGACAGAGGUGUUCGAGCAUCCAAAGCUUAAGCUUCUCCCAAGAAGAAAGCCACUUGAAUCUCAAGACAUUCAAAUUAGGGAUUUUGAUGACAAGCAGGCAUAUCAGGUAUCCAUGAACGAUGCCCAUGAAGUGCAUGGCAAUUUAAAUUUGCCAAAACCAGAGUCAGCUGGAGCAGAUGAAGGGGAGCAAGCAAUUGAACGCCCCAAACUGAAUCUAAAGCCUCGGUCACAAACUAUUGAGCAGUCAGAAGGAGGUGCUGACAGGGAGAGGAAAAGUGUUUUUGGCGGAGCUCGACCACGGGAACUGGUUUUGAAGGAGCGUGGCAUAGAUAUUGCAGCUAAUGAGCUUGACAUGAUCAGAUCAUCCAACAGGACUAGGAAUGAUCUUCUGAAGAUCGAUCACAAGACAGAGCCAAAUUCAUCAACCCAACUUGGAGAAAGAGCUGAGAGGCUAUCCGUUGGGCAAAGGACUGCGAAGGAUACGGAGAGCAAAGACCAUCGCCCGGAUAAUGAGAGAGUAGAUAUGCAAAGUGCUUUGUGGAGAAAUAAUAACAGAAAGAACUCUAGAGAGAGUGACAAACCACUUGAACAACCUCGGGCGGAUACUGACAAUUGGCGCAAGCCCGUCAUAGAGAAUCAAAAAUCUGAAGUUCCUGGACCUCGAUUUGGAAAAGGUGCCUCUGCAUUGGAGCUUGCUCAAUCAUUCUCGAGAUCUGUUUCCGAUGGUAGGCUAGAGAAUAAGAUUCCUGGUCAGAAUCAACUUCCCUUUUCUCGCCUUACUGGCGCCAAGGAGCUUUACUCAGGAACGACUCAUAGGCAGAUUAACGGCUACUGAUUUAUUGUUUUUCUCCGAGCUUCGAAACAGUAUUGAACCGGUUGACCAUUCUCGCAGCCAGCGUUCUAUUUCUUGGGCAAUCAGAUAGUAGCAUGAUGCAUUGCUCUGACAAACAUUAUUUGAAUUACUGAUUCUAAACAAAAGAUGAUUAAGGAAGCCAUUCUACUAAAUUUUUUGUUUAUGAUCAUUUCUAAAUCCUUGCAGAUUGAGUACUUUCUUUUAGGAUCAACAUUAAACGAUGCAGAAAGACAAUUUGUACUGAGGUGAAGUUUCAGAUUCUUUGUUGGAAUUGUAUACGAGUCUAUCUGGUGCUUGAAAGCAAUCUCAUACCAAAUGAUUGACUCUUGAUUAAGUCUUUGUAGUCUACAUUUAAAAGCAAUUGAUAGAUAUAAUAAAGUCAACCAGUUAGGUUUUUUUUA